GUGCUUUGGAAAAGUAAUAGUUCAUUUUCUUGACGUCACCGUUGAGCCUCGCAGCUAUUGCAGGACUACAUAUUUCGAGGACAAUUGGUUAAGUGGAGUUAAACUGUUGCCUUUUCCUCCUCGAGGUACCUUCGCUUUUGAUCCCACCGUCACUGGCGCCUUGCAAAACGCAGCUCGUCUGGCUCUCUAAAUGAGAGAGAAGAAAACUGCGCUCGCUUCUCAGCUGAGCCUUUUGUAACCUUAAAAGCCCGUGACAUGCCUUAAAUUGCCUGAGUAUUGUGUAACUUACAGCCCUUUCGAAUCAAUUUCUGCCUUCACAAAAGCUUUUCUCAAUAAAGGAACCAUGAAUAGUUUCCAUAUAGCUCAGAAAUGUUUUCGACUAAUGGGACCCGUUGCCCGUGAAACGACAGCGCACGAGAAAUCGGACUCGGAAGGCGAGGAAAGUCAAAAGCCGAAAGAUAUGACCACUGACACGGGACAUAAAAUCAAGAAGCACUGCUUGCCGUUCAGUGUCGAAUCCCUGAUGGCGAAGUCAACCUGCCAGGUCGUGUGCUCUCCGGUUCUCCAGCAACCUUUCCCCCAGAGACUGGGACCGGACCUAAUACGGACUUACUUUGUGGAGAAAACGAAAGUUUCUGUGGACAGUUUGUCAAAUGCGUCGGACAGCUUACAGGAUGAAAGUGAAGAAUUGAGCGAUAAGGAACAGAGCACUUGGUUAAACUCGUCAUCUUUUGCGUCUCCCUCUCGUCACCCGAGCCCGCCGUGCCCCUUACGCAAGCACAAGACAAACAGAAAGCCCCGCACACCCUUCAGCACCUCCCAGCUGCUCUCCCUCGAGCGCAAGUUCCGACAGAAACAGUACCUCUCCAUCGCCGAACGGGCAGAGUUCUCCAACUCCCUCAACCUCACCGAGACUCAGGUCAAGAUCUGGUUCCAGAACAGGAGGGCGAAGUCCAAGAGACUCCAGGAGGCCGAGCUGGAAAAGUACAAAUGCGCAUCAAAACCCAUUCUGGCACCGUUCGCGCUGCCGUUCCCUCUGGGAUCGCCCUCAUCUCUGUAUGGACCGCCAGCCUCUUUCCCACGGCCUGUACCGAUGCCGGGACUAUUCAACGGACCUGUGUCUUAUGGGAUGUAUUAUUUAUCCUAAAAAAGCUUUCACCUGAUGGCUUCUUCCAAACUCGGAAUGCUUUUAGAGACCUUAAAUUAUGUCCACCAUGCGCGCAAAUAUAACCUACCCCGGUGUAACAGAGUAAAAUCAAAGAGCAGUCUUUUUGGUGAUACUUUACAUUACAGUGUUUAUGUUACUCUAAAAAUACAUAUCCUAACUAAAUUCUGAGUAAUAGUAAUUCUUAUGUAAUCAUUUGAACGAAUGCUUACCCAUAGUUGUUAAUUUAGUAAUUAAUUAUACUAUUAUGCGAUAUUUGUAACAAAAGCACUGUAAUGCAAAGUAUUGCCUUUUUCAAAUGUUAUACAUUUCACAAUUAUCGAGUCCGUAAAUCUCGAAAUCAUCCCUCAGAAAGGAAAAAGAAUGGAAAGUAAACUCCUGUAUAUUUUAGUUUUUUAUUCUCUGUUGUAUAUUGACGUGCUCUUGUAGAGCAUGUAGACGUGUAAACUGUUUUAAGAUCAAUUUCAACUGAGCUUAUCCGUCCCAUGACGAAGAAGUACUUAUUGGCCUUAUGUUGGAAGUGCCUUGAAAGACCAAAUAUUUAUUAGUCAAAAAAUAAAAAGUAUUCUUUCUUAA